CCUCGCCAUCAAUCGCCCCAGCAACAUGGCGGGGUCCAUUCCGACCACGACUUACGCAGCCUGGACUGCUAAUUGGGACACCCCCGUCGACCACCUUAUGCGGGGGAGGGAUGAUUCGCAAGACAACCACCUUGUGGUGGCCAAGGACGGAUCCGGCCGCUACCAGACCGUGCAGGACGCUGUUAAUGCGGCCUCGGCGCUGAGAUUGAGAGGGCACAGAAGGAGAAUCGUGAUCUAUGUUAAGGCCGGCGUGUACGAGGAGAUCGUGACGGUUGCGAGCAUUCUCACUGAUCUGACGAUGAUGGGGGAUGGCAUGGGCAGCACCAUCAUUACCGGUUCCAGAAGCGUCGCAGGAGGAUACACCACCUUCAGUUCCCCGACUUUCAGUGUUUUUGGGGAUAGAUUCAUCGGCACAGGAAUCACAUUUCGCAAUAGCUAUGGGCCGGGAUCUCAGGCGGUUGCCCUGCUCUCCGGAUCGGACCAGUCCGUAUUCUACCGCUGCGCCAUAGAGGGGUACCAGGACACCCUGUGCGUGUACACGCAGCGUCAGUUCUACAGAGAGUGUAACAUCAUGGGCACCAUCGACUUCAUCUUCGGCAAUGCAGCAGUGGUCAUCCAGAACAGCAAGAUCCUUCUCAGGAGGCCCAACCGCGGCGAGGCCAACGUCAUAACGGCCCAGGGCCGCACCGACCCCAAUCAGAACACAGGCAUUGUGAUCCAGUUCUCUCGUAUCACCGCUGCCGAUGAUCUGUGGCCCGUCCGACACUCGGUAAAGUCAUUCCUGGGUCGGCCGUGGAUGAAGUACUCGCGCACGGUGUACCUCCAGAACGACAUCAGCAGCGCCAUAGAUCGGCUGGGAUGGAUGGCUUUCAAGGGCAACUUCGCCCUCAACACCCUCUACUACGCCGAGUUCAAGAACACGGGACCGGGUUCCGUAAUGAGUUCUAGGGUGAGGUGGAGAGGUUUCCACAUCAUCAUCCGCCCAGCCGCGGUGCGCAAGUUUACUGUCGCCAAUUUCAUCGCUGGCGGAGCGUGGCUGCCCGCAGCUCACGUUCCGCACUUUCUGGGGCUUUGAGGAUCAAUCGAAUUAGCAAGUAGAGUUAGUAACAUAAUUAAUGAGUCAAUAGCCCAGCAAUCUAAAGCAAUAUCCUUCAUAUUCGUCAAGCUAGCUAAUGAGUAACAUGCAACAGUUUCUCGCUGUUGUUGAUAUAAAAUAGAGCAUGCAAUUGAUAAACCAAUCUUAGUUAGUCAUAGCAUGGGUCACCAUCAUUUGGUCACCUGUAUUGGUCGUGCAUCCUCAUUCCUUGUUAAUUUUAGUUGAUUAGAGGCUGUGCGUUGGACGUAUGUAUCAUGUUACAAGCCCAAACAUACAGAUAAUACUUCUCUUGAUCAAUUCUUAAGGUAAU